AAUCUUUGUAAUUAUGUCGCUGAUUAUGAUAAAUAUGGAAAAUGUUAAUAAUCCAUCUAGUCGGUGAGGAGUUUUCAUCGUGGUCACAAUGGGUUCCACGAUGUUAAUGGUACUGCUUGCCCUAGUGGGGCUGAUCAACGCCCAGCACACUCCAUUCAUGGAGUUGAAGUCCCAGAUGGACUUCACGGAGAUCUACAACAGCAACGUGGACAGUGAGACCUCCUUCAGGCUGACCGACAGUGUGCAGCCUAGCUGGGUAGACGUCGACUUGGAUGUGUAUUUGUCUGAGAGCAGGUUCGAUGGAAUUGUGACACAUGUAGUCACGAUUUCAGGAGAUCCCCAUGAGGAAAUCGUGCUCCACCAAAACGUCGUCGCUAUCACAGCAGUCAACCUCCUGGACAGCAACAACAACGCUGUAGCUUUGAACCUCGAGAGGCCCUUCGAGAUCGAUAAUGUUCACGAGCUCUUGACCAUUAACCCUGCCUCCCCUGUCGUCGCCGGCGAGUACACUAUCACCAUUAGAUUCCGUGGAGUGAUCAACGAAAACCAGUUUGAAAGAGGAUUCUACAAGGGCUAUUACUUCCUAAAUGGCGUAAAGCGGGAAUACGCUACGACGCAAUUCCAGCCCUUCUACGCCCGUAAAGCUUUCCCUUGCUUUGACGAGCCUCAGUUCAAAUCGAGAUUCGUUAUCUCUAUCACGCGUGAUGCUACUCUCAGCCCUUCCUAUUCUAAUAUGGCUAUCAAUCAAACCGAGACUGUUUCCGAAGGACGUAUUAAAGAGACUUUCUUGCCUACGCCCACCAUCUCUGUCUAUCUGAUUGCAUUCCACGUCAGUGACUUUAUCGAGACUACUGACGGUAGCCAGCCCGAUAGGCCUUUUGGUAUCGUAUCUCGCCCAGGAGUUGAGGCUCAACAUGAUUAUGCUCUUGACAUCGGAGUUAAGAUCACCAAUGAGAUGAACGAAUACUUCAAUUAUGAUUACUAUAACAUGGGCGAAGGAGAACCAAUGAAGAACGAUCACAUUGCUAUACCCGAUUUCCCAGCUGGUGCUAUGGAGAACUGGGGAAUGGUUAACUACAGAGAAGCUUACCUUCUGUACGACCCGGCUCACACUAACAUCAACAACAAGAUCUUCAUCUCCACUAUCAUGGCCCAUGAGCUGGCCCAUAAAUGGUUCGGUAACCUGGUCACUUGCUUCUGGUGGAGCAACUUGUGGCUCAACGAGUCUUUCGCUAGCUUCUUUGAAAUCUUCUCUGCUCACGCUGCUGAUCCGUCUCUCGAGCUAGCCGACCAGUUCAUCGUCGACAACCUCCACAGUGCUCUGAAUUGGGACGCUUUCGCAAGCGCCACUCCCAUGAACUUAAGCACUGUCACGCAUAACGCCUCCAUCAGCGCCCACUUCUCGACCACCAGCUACGCUAAGGGGGCCUCGGUCUUGAGAAUGAUGGAGCACUUUGUGGGACCUACUAUUUUCCAAAAUGCAUUGAGGACUUAUCUCGCCGAUAACGCUCACGGUCUCGGCACUCCUGAGGACAUGUACGACGCGUUCAGGUCUGCGGUGGCCGCGGACCCAACCUACGCAGCAACAUACGGAACCCUGGAUGUGGGCGAGGUCUUUGACAGUUGGGUCCAGAAUCCUGGCUCUCCCGUUUUGAACGUAGACGUUAACAUGAACAGCGGAGAAAUCACUGUUACUCAGAGCCGUUUUCUCAUCGGAAGCACUGUUUACAAUCACCAAUGGCUAGUCCCUUACACCUGGACCCACAGUGCUGACCCCGAUUUCACUACCACCAAACCAGCAAAGGUUUUGACUACGGCUUCUACCACUGAAAACAUGCCGGCUGGACACAACUGGGUCGUGUUUAACAUCCAACAGUCUGGAUUAUACCGUGUCAACUAUGAUGACCACAACUGGGAGAUGCUUGCUUCGGCACUUCGCAAUAACAAAGACCAAUUCCCCAGACAAAAUAGAGCUCAGAUCGUCAACGAUGUCCUUCACUUUGUGCGCGCCGGAGAAUCGUAUAUCAGCAUUGCACGCGCCUUUGACGUUAUCUCUUUCUUGGAGAACGAAGAUGAUUACCUCGCGUGGGCCGGAGCUCUUGGUCAGCUCGACUUAAUCAGGCGCCGUUUGGAGCACAUUCCUGCUGCUCACGCGCAGUUUGAUGAAUACCUCCUUGAGCUGAUGGAGUACGCCAUCGAGUCCCUGGGCUACGAAGAUGCGGCUACCGACUCCACCACUAGAAUCCUGAACCGCAUGCAGAUCCUGAACUACGCCUGCAACCUUGGCCAUGAGGGCUGCGUUGCCGACAGCUUGGAGAAGUGGAACGCUUUCAAGGCUAACCCCACCAGCAGUUUAGUCCCCGUGAACGCUCGCCGCUACGUCUACUGCGCCGGACUCAGGAACGGCGACGCUACCGACUACAACUUCCUCUUCAACCAAUACGAGACCUCCGAGAACGCCGCCGACAUGGUCGUUAUCCUCAGAGCUCUCGGCUGCACCAAGGAUGAGGACCGGCUUCAGCACUACUUGCAGCAGACCUUGACAAACGACAAUAUCCGCUACCACGACAGGACCAAUGCCUUCUCCUUCGCUCUUCAAGGAAACAGGGAGAACUUGAAGACUGUCAUCACAUUUUUGCAGAAUAACUUAGCUGAUAUCAGAGUGCUCUACGGUGGUGUGGCCAGAUUGAAUGUAGCCAUAAAUGCACUUGUUACUUACUUGACUGAUUUUGAAGAUAUCACUAGCUUCCAAGCCUGGGCGUACGAAAACCAAGUGGCACUUGGAGAUUCCUUCGUCAACGCCAAGAAUGUGGUUGCAUCAGCCGUCGCUAAUAUCGAGUGGGGCAACAGCGUCGUAGGAGAUAUCUACUCUUUCCUUCGAGGGAGAAAUGCGGCCGGCGCCAUCACUGCCCCGACCUUUGUUGCCUUGUUAAUGGCAGCCAUCAUAGCUCACUUUAUCCGUUAAUUUAAAAUAACUUUAAGGAUACUUUAAGUCUA